GUGAAGGCAGUAAACUUGGAGACAUACCAUCAACUCGAUAUCCGCCUAGUCGAACGGAACUUGAAAACCAGCUUGCUUACAAUAAGCGUAUACAACGUGAUUUAAAACAAUCCAAUAAAGAUAAAGAGAAACUCUCCAAGCAUAUCUACCAGCUUAUAGUGGAGGUUAAGCGAUUGAGCUCAGAGUUAGAUACUUUAAUAUCUCAGAUUACCUGCAAAGAUAUUUCUCUUAAUGAAUCUAAAAUCAAGAUAAAAGAUCUCCAGUCUAAGAUAAAAAUAUUGGAAACAAAACUAUCUUCAACUCAGAAUGAAUCAAAGGAAAUUACAGCACUUCAGUCUAUGAAAAAAAUAUUAGAAG